GAAGAGCGAAACAUGGCGACAUCGAACAAUCCGCGGAAAUUUAGCGAGAAAAUCGCUUUACAUAAUCAGAAGCAGGCAGAGGAGACAGCAGCAUUCGAGGAAGUGAUGAAAGAUUUGAGUAUUACCCGAGCAGCGAGGUUACAGUUACAGAAGACCCAGUAUUUACAGUUGGGACAAAACCGUGGGCAGUACUAUGGCGGAUCAUUGCCAAAUGUCAAUCAGAUUGGAAAUGGCACCAUUGACAUGCCUUUUCAGACUCCCUUUCAAGGUUCAGGUGACACCAGCAGGACAACACGGCAUCAUGGAUUGGUUGACAGAGUUUACCGGGACAGAAACCGCAUCACGUCCCCACACGGAAGGCCCCUCGACAAACAUGGACGCCAAAUUGAUAGCUGUCCAUAUGGCUCGGUGUAUCUGUCACCCCCACCCGACACCAGUUGGAGGAGAACAAACUCGGACUCUGCGUUGCAUCAGAGCACUUUGAACCCACAGGACAUUUUUGCAGGAGGCUCACAGGACUUGCAGCUUAAACGAGUGCUUCUGCUUCAUGUACCAGGGCCAGAAGACACAGAAUCAGAUAUGGACAAAGACGAACAAAAACAGAACUGGGAUGGCAAAAAGAGUGUUUCAUCAAGGUCCAAGGUCCCAGGGAUCAACAUAUUCCCAUCUCCGGAUCAGGAGCUGACCGCGUCGCUGAUGCCGUCAGCCCAAAACACGGGCGGGGGCUCCCUGCCUGAUCUGACCAACAUCCAGUUCCCCCCUCCGCUACCCACCCCCCUGGACCCCGAGGACUCCACCCUCAGCGCCUCCAACAGCACGGGCAACCUGGCCACCAGCCACUCACACAGCUUCAGCUCCACCAGCCAAGGACAGACCACCGCCCAGCAGGGCAGGCAGGACAACAUGGUCAACCAGGACUCCCACCAGCACCAGUCCCUACAGCUCUCCCCCACCCUGUCACCACCCCUCACCCUCGCCCAGGUAGCGGAGACCAUAGACGCCAUGACACUGGAGGCGCAGUUGUCCCAGUACGCGUUCUUCAGCCAGCCCUCUUCUCAACAACAGCAGCAGCAGACCACUCAAGGACUGACAAGGCUGGUCCAGCUCCCCUCCCCUCUGAACACCUCGUCCAGCCAGACACAGAACUCCAUGGAUAUGAACUCGCACCACUCCAUAUUGGGCAGUGUGUUUGCGGACUUCUAUGACCAGCAACUCACUUCCAGACAGACCAGUGCUCUCUCCCAACAGCUGGAGCAGUUCAACAUGACAGACAACAGUCUGUAUGGCCAGGGCUCCACCCUCAACUACUCCCAAGCAGCCAUGAUAGGUUUGAUGGGUAGCCACGGCAACCUGCAAGACUCCCAGCAGCUGGGCUACAGUAGCCAUGGCAACAUCCCCAACAUCAUUCUCACAGCCACUGGAGAGUCACCACCCAGACCUUCCAAGGGUUUGUCUUACAGCUCUCUGUCGGCUGACAUCAGCUUCGACGCAGACUCUCAGUUUCCCCUGGACGAGCUGAAGAUCGACCCGCUGACCCUAGAUGGGCUGUACAUGCUCAACGAUCCUGACAUGGACCUCACUGACCCCGCCACAGAAGACGCCUUUCGGAUGGACCGGCUGUAGAGUCGCUGCCAAGUUGACCGACUGUGUCAGAGGAACCCGGCCUGAGGGGAGAGGGAUAUUUUGGGGGUGUUGGGAGCUCGUGGCGAGGCCCCAGCUGUGCAGUGUAUUCAUCCCACACUCCCACCUCCCUUCACCAGCCGCCCCUUUCUAAAAGCUAUGGUAAGAUAAGCUAAAUGGUCGACAGUUUGCUUUCUCCACUCCGUAUGGAAAAGAUGAAAGGGCGACGUUGUCAUGUUUGGUGGAUAUUGCGCUUAAGGUUCUGCCUGUGACCAGUCUGUGCUAACCACAUACAUCCCUUAACUUGUUUGUUUAUUUAUUUAUUUUAUUACAUGCCUCCUGAUGGCCUUUCUGUUGGUUUUUGUAAAGAAAACAAAAAGUAGGGGAUACAACACUACAUUGGUCUGGCCUUCCAUUUGAAGACAUUAACUGAUUUAAAAUCAUGUCUGCAGUGGAAACUGUUUUAUCUUUCUCUCACCUGUCAUACUAGAUUAGCAUGUCUUGCCUCAUUAUCACCCAUCUGCUUUUUCACAACCGCCCUUCUCAUGGCUCAUAGUCCCGUGUAGCUCAGUUGGUAGAGCAUGGCGCUUGCAACGCCAGGGUUGUGGGUUCGA